GCAGUACUAUUAUAUUUGCUUUAUUUUGAAUAUACACUGCGAUACAUACUUUCGUCGUUGAUAUUUAAUGGUUGAAGGAAGCGUGUAUGUACGGAUACGACGGCGUCGACGCAUCUAAUUAUAGAAAUUCCGCUUAGGGGAGAGUCGAAAAACUAAAUACAGUCGAUCCGUUGCACCAGCUUUUGGGCAAGUGAAUUUAAACACUUUCUCGUUAUAUGUAUGCACGUGCACGUUUUUGUCCUCUAUGUAUGAUAAAAUGAGUAUCUCAUUAAUGGAUUCACACGUUUGCAUAUGCCGUGUGUGUGUGUGUGUGUGUGUGUGUGUGUGUGUGUGUGUGUGUGUGUGUGUGUGUGAUCGUGAAUUUUCUAUACAAUCAUCGAGGAGUUAACGUUCCAAAGUUCGAUUUUCAAUGUAUUGUUUUCCUGUAUUAUCUUCGCGCACAGGCGCUUAUCUCUUCAAUUUUCAAAAUCAAUACGCCUCCCUUAUGCAAUUAAAUAUUUCGAGCGAUGUGUAUACGUAUACACAUAGGAAUUAGUUAUAAUCGAAUUUACAAUGACUGGCUAAAUCAACAAACAAGCAGCUCUAAUCGAGCAACAAAAGGUCCGAUAUCACACAAUAUAAAGCCGCAGACGGUAUCGUCCGACAGCCGACUCAUAAAAGAGAGCACCUCGCGGUCAACGUGUUUUUUCUUUCUACAUUAAUUUAUCAAUCCAACGAGUGUAUGUACAACAACUCCUAACGUACGAUCCAAUUAUACUACAAAACACACGGCUCAAGGGUGUAUAAAUUGUUCUCCACUGUACUCUUCAAAGAGUAUGACGUAACUCGCGUACGUGCUUACCCAAUACUUAUAUAUAUAUACACACACACACACACACACACAGACACUGCAACGAUUCUCUGCAGCUGUUGUGAUAAACACACGAGAAGUUUCGAAUCUGCUUUUAUCUAAACAUACAUAUGUGUGCUCGUCGUCAAUUUCGUCACAGCGAGAAAAGCUCUCGUUUCCUGGAACGUCUCGUGCGCGCGAUACAUCAUCGCCUGAUGCAUAAAUGUACAUCUAAUUAAUCCGUGUAUAGCCGAAGGUAUACAAAAGCAUAGACGAUUCGUUUGGUCACUCGUGUGACAAUGGAACGAAGUUUUCCCAUGCGGUUAUUAACAAAUUGCACGAUUAUAAGCAUCAGCGGAAAAUCGUUCGCGGAUAGAGCGGCAAAAAGUGUUUACGGCUUAACUUGUAUCUUAUAGCCUCGAGGCCUGUGUUUCCGAGCGCGUGCAAACUGACGCAUCUAUUCUCUUUUUCGCAAUUAACGAGAUGAAACCGGUCGUCAUCGUCGGCUCUCUCUCUCUCUCUGGCGGCCGUUUCACAUGUAUAAUAUACCUAUGAUUAGAGCUCACAUCCAUACGUAUAUGGAUGUGGGUAAUUUACGGGGAGUAGCGUCGUAUUAUAUUUUUCCGACGCUUGGCUUGUGCAUAUGCCCUUAAAAAGUUCUAAAUUUAGAGCCGGUGUGUGCGCGCUGCCGUUCAGCGAUAUAUGGGAGUGUCGGUGUACUUAUACACACGUAUGCUGCGGCAUAUUUCUUUUUCGAGAUACGGCGAUGGUCGGAGAGGCUCUUCGAAAACCUGAUAAGUGGAAAAGAUAAUAAGGCGGUUCGGAAUUCCUCUUUUAUUUUCUUAAAAACCUGCCGACGGCAAAAAAAUCCGCUAUAAAUGCCCGUGAAAUCAUUUUUGAAUAUCUUCAGACGCUGUUCCGUCACAGCACGUGACGCACAUUCAAGAUUAGAAGCUUGACUCGUGUAAAAGAAAUCUCGCUUCCCAAAAACGCACAAUUAUCAAUCCAAACCAGCCCAUCAACUCUACUCCCACGCAAACCAAUUGUCCUCGUCACAGCAGCUUCGUGUAAUCGAAUUUUUCUCCCAACGCACUCACGACUCGCACCGGCUCGAAAAAUGUAUCGCACACAAUAGCAUUACGUAACGUGUGCAUUGAAAAAAAGAACCUUCUCUUCUCUGGGACGGAAAAUGCACCGGUGCGAGAGGCGGGUGUAUACUAGACGUGUUCCAUUCGUCAUUGGUUUCUUAUCGUCGACUGUACGCAGCGAAACUCGCACGAUCGGGAAUUAUUGAGCAGCUAGUUAUUGAUGCGCAGACGGUGCGUGUGUUGUGCGCUGCUGCGGGCAUUGUUUCGUUUCGCGGUUGGGAAAAUGCGCGAGUUUUAAACGUUCACGUUAACGGACGGAUGUGUGUAUAGGCCGAGUUUGGUUUUUAAAUAGGGUAGUUGAUAGAAGUAAGGGGACUGCAAUCGCAGUCCAUCGGAGCGACGGCGAUCAUGGAACAAAUGCUUGCCCUGAGCACACAAAAUCCAUUGUCGCUGCUGGUUAAAUUCGGCAUGAUGGCAUGGAACAAUACCUGCGGCAUCGAGAACUGCUCCGGACACGGCGAGUGUCACAACGGGACCUGUCUCUGUGAGAUUCGAUUCGACGGUCCGGAAUGUCACAUUCCGAACUUCAGCUACUACAUCGCCUUCGCGACGAUCUUCUUCGUCCUGGCUUUCGUCUGUCUGGUACAGCUGGUCAUGUGCAUAGUGGCGGAAUGGCAAAGAAUGAAGGCGCCAUCGUUUUUACGCGCAUGUCGCGUAACCACACAAAAGGUCCUCUACUUCGUCGUGUUCCUGGCGUCGCUUAUUCGAGGCGCCUACUUCACAUCUCCGAACGCAUUCAAGGCCGGAUGGACAAGAAGCUUGGUAUCCGCGUACUAUCCCCUAGUACUGAGCGGCGCUUCCCUGAUCGUCUGCUUCUGGGCGGAGGUCUUUCACUUGCGCGACAUACGCACCGACAAGCCGCAGUUUCUCUCCAAAUCGUUUUUAGCCUUCGUAGUCUUCAAUUUCAUUACCUACUCCCUACUGCUGACCGAGUUCAUCACCGCACAACUGCAUGAUCAGGAGGAUCAGCAGAGCUUCUACACGCACAUCUUCAAUGGCUGCUACGCCGUACUGCUUUUCAUCGUCGUCAUAUUCUUCCUCAUCUACGGAGUAGAGGUGUUCUUUAAGGUCCGCGGCGGCUUUCUGAGCGAGCAUCAAGUGGCGUCGAUCGCCACGAACAAGAGAACGCCCGACGACCCUAACGCGCGCGAGGAAGAUCCAGUGACGGCGAAGCUGUUUGAUCCAAUUCCAAGUACUUCAGCGGAUUCAUUGCAGCAGCAAGUGAACACAUCGCAGCUUCAUCAGUCGAGAUUCGGCUUGCUCUCGCAAGCCUUUAUGCUCUUCAUUGUCGUUGGAUUUCUGUUCAGCGAAACCCUCAGUGAAUUUUGGAAGACCAAAGUUCCACUGUACAGCAGAAACUGGCACGACGUGGUAUUCCGUGUGAUCGAGGUCGGAGUCGCACUCUGGUUCCCUUGUGUGCUAUGGAACUGCAUGAGUCCCGAACAAUUAUGGAUCUUGAAUCCCAAACGGAUCCUCAAGCGAUUGGACCUCGAACAACCCAAACACCCGAAGGAGAUCGAGCUGCAGGACAAAUCAAACCUACCCGAAUCCGAACUAUUAACCGACAACGCUUCCAUCAGCAGCAAAGACUGUUGGAUUUGUUACGACAGCGAACGACAAGACGCUGGUCCGCUGAUUCAGCCGUGCCGAUGCAGAGGUGACGUUAGUGCGGUGCACCAUGACUGUCUGCGUCGAUGGCUCGUCGAGAGCUCAACAAACGUAGACAGCCUUACGUGCAAAGUCUGCAAUACAAGAUAUAACGUGGAGCACGCAAGUCGCUUGGACUGGCAAAAUGGUCUGACUCCUCGUCACUGGCUGCAAACAAUUGGCAUUGUCGUGACAAUGUGUGGUUCAUCUGCUGCAGCGUGGAUACUAAUUCAGCUCGUCGAAGAUCCAAUCAUAAGAAUGUUGGCAGCUGGCGCAGCGCUUCUUAUUAUGUAUGUUUGCAUAAGAUUUCUGAGUCUCAACACAGUUGUGGCUUAUCAGCGAGCCAAAAUUUCGUCCUUAAACAUCGUCAGUGCAGAAAAUACCCUUGGAGCUCAAGUCUCGACGAUCAGUCACAGUGUCUCUGUCGACUUGGCAAAGUAAAAAGAAAGAGUGUAAGAAAAAUCGGAAAGAGAAAAAGAAAGGCAACGUCAAAAGUGUAAUUAUAAACCAUAUCUAUUUUCAAGGCGUUUGUAUAAAGACAAUUUUAUUCCCAUGUCGUAACGAGACAAGACAAAAUUGACAAGAUGUUUUUUUUAUUUAACACAGUGCUGUUAAAUUUAACUUAGAAAGUAUGAAAGUGAAAUAAUCGUUUAUGAUUAACCAUGAAAAAAUAUUUAUUUAUUGUUUUAUGAGAAAUUUUUGUAAUGGUCAAAUGGUGAGUUGCGUAAGUCUUUGGGUUGUGCUAAAUCAUCUUCGAUGCGUUGUGUUUUUUCAAACACAGAACAUUAAUUGUUUGCUAAAUUAUUAUAAUUUUACACACUAUAUCAUAAUACGGGGUUUCUCGUUCGACUUCUUUCCAAAGCAAUACAUUGAGUAGUACUACAAUCAUCAUUCAUCCAAUGUUGAAUCUAAAAUGUUUGUUACAUCUUCUUUUGAAAAAGAAAGAUGUAAAGAGAUGAAUAUUGAUUGCAUCAUUAUGCAAACUAAAAUUUAUUGUUGACUUGUGAAACUGUUUGAACUGAUUCGUAUGCCUAAAAGAAGCUAUAAGCGUGAUUAUCGUGCUAUUCUUAUUGAACAAAAAUUAAAAAUCUCGAUUUAAAUUUUGUAUGAAGACAUUACGUUAUUGAACAAAAUUUUUAAAUCCGAAUUCUCCCCAUCAUAAAUUAGAAGGGGUUGCACGCAUGAACAUAAAAAUAAAUGUGUAAUUUACGUCUCGAGGUUUUAACAAUAUAAGGUCUUGUGUAAGUGACUUUGACAAUUCAUUGAAGAAGACAGAUAAAUUGAAUUUUUUGUAAAGUUUCAAACUAAGUAUAUAUUUAAUCGUAUAAGCUGAGACCAUAAAAAAUUUAGCGUAGAAUAUGGUGCAAAAAUCAGUUACUCCGAUCUGUUUACGACUUAAUAAUCGAAGCGAUUAGAUGUAUGGUCAGUAGAUUGCGAUUGUACUGCAAAAAUCUUACGUGGUCAAUAUAGUUGGAGGUAAUGUAAGUAGAGUUAUUACUACCAAACGUAGCAUUGGUAAAAUAUACUACUUAAAGAAGUCUUCUUAAACUUGACUAUAUAUACAUAUAUUUAUUAUGAUACUGUAUAAGUAUCCAAAACAAUGGAUUGUUUUAUUAUUUAUCAGGAUACGUAGACAAAGACAGCUUGUCUAAGAUCUGUUUUCUGUACGUUGUACUAAAAGUAGCAGAACUAUCUUGAAAAAUCAUGUUUCUAGCUGUUCCUUUUUAUAUUCUUAAACCGACUUUAUUGUAAUUAUCUACACACUCUAAAUUUUUUGCAGUGUACAAGAAAUCAAAAAUUAAACCUUUCAUCCUGGUGAAAAAUUAUGCAUAUUCUCAAAAAUUCAAAAGCUUAUUUAUAGCUUUGCGAAGUAAGUUACGCGAUCUUGUUUCAAAAGAAAUGAAAUAAAGUAAAAUAAUAGAAGGCAUUUUAACAUGAUUUUUCUCCGGAAUUUUUAAAAGAAUGAUUCUAUUUUCUUUAUGAAAAAGGAAGUACUUGGAUAAAUUCUUAUAGAUUUAAUUUAACUCUGAUUCACUCUGAAAAAUUUAGAUUGUACAAUCGCAUAAGUAAAAAAGUACUACGUUAAUUUUGUAGUACAUUUUUCUAACUUUCUUAAUACUCUAUUCAACUGAAAACUUUAUUUAUACGGUGUACAUAUUAUGCUAACAAUAAUAUUAUUGGUAGUUGUAAGCUCUGUGUUUUCUACGUAAAAGUGGUAAAGGUUAAGAAAGAGGUGAUUUUUGCGCUUAAAUUAUUUGUGAUCAAAAAGCAGCAUUUUCUUUUCAAUGUUUUAAAGAUUUGUACAGUUCAAACUUAGUAUAUAUUCCAAAAAAAGAAUAUUUUUUUAAAAAUCUAUACUUUUGGUUUAAAUUGGAACAAUUACAAUUUUGUACGUUGAAUACUGGUUUUUAUUGUAUAAAUUUAUAAAACAAUUAAAAAAAAUCAUUUACGACCAAUUUGUAAACGAACUGACUCUGUUAAUUGUUAUAAAUAUCUUCGAUACUUGUUUCUAUUUUGAGUGUGUUGUUGUUUUCAGCUAGUUACAAGAGUGAAGAGAAUUUACUAUUCAACUUUUUUGCAGUAAAUAUCAUCUAAUAAGUAUACAAUUUGAACGUGUGUAAACUGUUAUUGCAAAUCAGUGAUAGUAGUAAAAAGUCUGCACUCUGGUAACGUGAGUAUUUGCUACCAUAAGUAAUGCAAAGCGAUAAAUAUUCUUGCCUUGCAUAUUACAAUAGUUUUAUAUAUAGUACAGCAGUUUUAAGUAUUUUGAUCUGGUGCGAUGCUUGAGUUUAUUAUUUCUUUUCUACAGAAACAGUUUAGUGUAAGAAAAUAAUAGUUUCCUUAUCCAUAAUCCCUGAAAAGCAUAUAAUGCAACAAGAUAUUUGUACACACUAAAAAGCCAAGAAAACAUAGUGAUAAGCUGUGAUAAUACAAUAUGUAUAAAUUAGUGAAAUAAACCUCAAAUAAAAUUAAUGAUAA